CAGUUAAGUUCAAUCCAGCCGGCAUAACCAGUCGAGAUCUCUCCGUCACUGCCACCUCGCGUCCAUCAUGUACACUAUCUUCCUCGUUGCCUGUUGUGUCUGCUUAGUGGCCGGACGCCCGCAAUACGCCUACCCUGCCGCCACGCCCGUGCCCAUCCUGGUGGACGAAAGGAUACCCAUCGACCUGCAAGGAGGAUACGGGUUCAGGAUCCAAACCGGAAACGGCAUCGCGUGGCAAGAGACAGGAGCGGCGACCUCUAAGAGCGGCCAAUACACGUUCACCCACCCCGACGGCACCCCGCACGCCCUCUCGUACACCGCGGGCGUGGGCGGCUUCCUUCCGGUGUCCGACCUCCUCCCGACGCCCCAUCCUCUCGAACCUUGGCAUAUCGAACAGAUCCGAUUCGCUGAGAGCCAGAGAGCAGCAGCAGCAGCAGCAGCAGCGACGGCGACAGCUGUUUAGACCCAAGGAAGGAGGUUCAUCAUCGCCUUAUGUUGUUUAUACGUUGUUUUCUUUUUUACUAAUGUUACGUUAUUUUCUCAGUAUAAUAAAACAUAAAUAAAUA